AUGUCGAUUGUCCGAGCUUUAGGAGUCCGUCAGAUAAGUCUGUUGCUAAAGGGGAAUCAGAGAGCACGGUGUGGAGCAAUAAUUCAAAAGCAUCACGAUAACGCCACGCGUCAUUUCAUGCCUGAAUUUCAACAAGAAGCCACAAGUCCAGAUAGCGGGACGAAGGAUCAGCGCGAGCGGGGCAGGGGCGCGGCGCGGGGAGAGGGAGAGUCCUCUCCGCCCGCGUCCCCCGCGUCCCACGCCUCACCACCACCAGACGACAUCGAGCACAGCAUACCAGCCACGCUGAUACAGGACCCCAACGCGGAAAGAAGCCCAAAAGCCUCCUUCAGUGACCACAGGCUUCUUGGAGAGAAACCGGCUCAUCAAGUAGAUUUACCAACCCCUGGCUCCAGAUGA